AUGCCUAGUAGAACUGACCCUAUUCGUGGCGCCAUCUCUUCAAGGGAGCGAAGACAAUUAAGAGAUUCUUUAGAAUUUUGGACCGAAUACAUCCAGAUGACACUGCAGCGAUUAAGAAAUAUACCAAGGCCAAGUCCAAGUAUAUCAAGGUCAAGUCCACCAUGGCCAAGGACACCAAUGUCAUCGCCAUCUCCGACGCCACCAUCGACUCCACCAUCAUUUUCAUUUGAAAAAAAAACCUCUACGAC